AUGCUUGAUACCGCCAUCAAAAGUCUCGAAAGGCAGACCUCGCAAGGGGCGGUACAAGGCAUUGACGAGAUUAUUGUGGUGGGAGGCGUCAGCCAAAACCGAUACUUUCUCGGCCAAAUUCGCAACCGAUAUUCCGGCGGUCUAAGAAGUCUUUUCCGCUACGCGAUCCCAGUUACUCUUCCCCCUGAGGCCGCGUCGGGGUCUCUCACUGUUGCACAUGGGGCCGUGCUGCCAUCUGCUGAAAGAGAUCUUAUCAAAGAAAGAUACUUACGCAGAAGUUUUUGUGUGGGACGGCAUGACGAGAUUGACAGGCGUAUGUACCCGGCGGAGAGCUGGUACACAAGUCCUCAGAAUGGUCAUGUUCGUGUCAACGUCACCCGUUUCCUCUUCCGACAAGGUUUCCAUCCUCAACGGUUUUCCUCCGCGCCUUUUCAGGGCUGGCGGGGCCUUAUCCCCGAUGACAUGGAGGAUGGAAGUUGGUUGAUCCAAGAGCAACUCUACUACUCAGACACCCUUUCUCAGGAUGGUCUAUGGAUAGACGAUCCGACCGUCGACAUUCAGGCUAUGCCGGCACCGCUCUCCUUCCGUAUCUCGUCGGAAGAAGCUCGACUAUUUCCUCGGGAGCGGGGACCAACUAAUGCCGAGUGGUUCUACCUCGAGUAUGAUCUGAUCCUGUCUCUGGACGGACAUAUCAUGACGUUCAUCUUCACUAUCCCCAAGAAAGGGCGAUUCCCUAAACGCGGCGACCGCUAUGCAAAUGUUAUGCGUAAAGCGGGUCAUUAUGACACUGCGGGAGUUUCUAAGCUAUUCAACUCUGCUUAG